CUCGCCUCCCGGCCUGACAGCCUGCCUGCCUUUCGUGUCAAUAUGUGUGUUGUGUGAUGGUGUCUGUGCUGUACGUGUCCCUCUCCCUCUCUCUCCUGGCGUGCGCCUUUUAAGUUUUCUCUUGUUUGAACGAUCGCAGUUGGGGUGUCUGUCUGUGUCUGUGUAUGUGGUGCGACCGAAGCUCAAUCCUUCAUCCAUGGUGGUGCUCUGCUCUCGGUCCGCUGCAUCUGUCCGUCUGUCCGUCCAUCCCGUUACUCAAGGGGCCCACACACACACCAGCCCGCAUCUGGCUCUACCGCCAAGUGUGGCCAUCCCAUCCCAUUCCAUCCCAUGGAUCGGAUCCAUAUGUCGAUCAGCCGUCCCCCGCCCGCCCCGCCAUCUUAUCCAGCAGGUCAUCCUCAAACGACUCGCUCACCGCGCUGCCGUUCUCGCGCACAAAGGCCGCAGUCUGAAUGAAGCACAUGUGCAACACAGACACAGACACAGCAUCAUGGUCAUUGUCCCCUUCUCAGAUCUGCGUUGUGUGUGUGCCUGUGUGUGGGGCGAACGGACCUGGAGGACGUAUGCGCGUGUGCCAUGUGGCGGUUUGUAGUACCGCUCGCCCGCGUCCCCCUUGUCGAACAUGUGCUGGCACCCGCUAAUGUACACGUGCUGACACACACCACGCCACACACACAGCCCGGGACACACCGAGUACAGUCAGUCGCUUGCCCAUCAUAUGCAUACCUACCUGGCUGCCUUUGGCCACGGUGUUGAGUUUGAGGAAGGGCGCGCACUCCUCCGACUCCAUGAACGCCAGCGCAUCAGCGGGCGGCGAGCUCCAAUCCGGCACGAACACUACAAACGACAUCGGGCGGUCCUCUGACUCGGCACGCACCAGCAGCUGCACAGACACACAUGAGGGAUAAAAGGAUGGAAAUCCGGUGCGUGGGAGCGUUGCUCCGCCGCUACUGCUGCUGACCUUGUGCAGGUGUUUGGCGCAUUCGAGCAUCACCUCCUCGGUGUAGGGAGGGCCCACCUCAAACGAACCUGUCACACACACAAACACACAGAGGCAGGAUGCGCACAAAAUCGCACCACACAAGCGCCCACCACAAGCUCACCUGCUCUAGGGAAGAAGUCAAAGACGCUGCCCAUGGAGCCGAAGAACCGGUCUGUGUCUGGGAAGGCCGAGCAGAAGCGGCGGAAGUAGCAGUUGAGUGGCGAGGCGAAGAACUCCAUCCUGACGCCCAGCCGCUGAUGCAGAAACAGGAAGACCGACUCGGGGGCCGCUGCGUGCAUGUUGCCACCCUGACAGUGCUCCGAGAACGGAUCUACGCCUGUGGAGAGGUGUCAACAGGCGUCUAUCCAUGUGUGUGUUUGGUUGGCUUUGCUGAGUGUGGUGUGGUGUGCGUGGGUACCGAUGAAUGUGAUGUAUCGCUGGAGCAUGCAGAAGAGCCGUCGCGGGAAGAGGUCGCUCCUGGGGUCGGUCUGGGCGUUGUGGAUGGAGUAGAGCCGCCGCAGCUUCUGGUAGUGCAUCGCCGACAACGGCAGCGCUGCACACACCACACACCACACCACCCGGAGAGAGGAGAGGGCACACGUGAUUCGAUUCCCACCUCCCUCCAUCCAUCCCACUGCUCUGCAUACAUACUUGUGUUGUUGUACGUCACUUGAUAGUAGGUCACGUCCCCCUGUCUGGCCUCCUCCACACGCACCCCGUCACGCCGCGCUAUGCGCCCGUUCGCCCUCGCCAACACAUCAGCAGCCCUAUCGCCCCCACCACCACCCCCACCACCAGAACCAGAGCCAGGGCUGCUGCUGCCGCUCCCUGCCGCCUCUUUCUCCAUCUGCUUGCGCUUGUGUGGUGGGAGGUAGAUCUGCAUCGGCUGCCGGAUGGCGGGGGAGGGAGGGGUGCGGUCGUGGGCGUGUUCGCGGGCGGUGAUGGCGGCGAGUUCUGAGCAGAGAGUGUGGCUCUUGGCGACGGUGCGGCGGACGACCUCCUGGACGAAGGGGUGGGUGAGCUGCCUGAAGAGCUGUGAGAUGUUGUAGUGGACGUGCUUGCUCUUGUCCUGGUAGACGCAGGGGCCCGCCUCCCACUCGACGCCGUUGGGGCCGGUGCAGGGGAAGUCGCGGGGAGGAUCGGCCAGCCGCACCCAACGGUUCAGACCCUGUGAGUACGUGAGUGAACACAAGGAAGGCAAAGCGUGAUACUCAUUCAGCCCAGACCGUCUGGUCUGCCUGGGUGUGUGUGGCGUACCUCUACUUCCUCCCUGAGCGACCGCAGCUUCUCCUUAGCAUACUCGACGACCGUCUCGUCGCUCUGGCCGCCGUCGCUGCCCCCUGCCGCCUCCCCCAUGCCCUCCCUCAGGUCCCUCAUCCCCACCUCCCACUCGGCAUCGCUCUCGCCACACGCGCCAACGCCACUACGAGCCGUCGGGGGGCCGCUCACAUUCGCACUCGCACACACACUGGCCGUUGUGCUGGUGCUGUUGGUCGCCAGAGUGUUCUGUGGGGAGGGUGCGGUCAGUUGAGCGGCGAGGGCUGUGAGUUUCCUGUCGAUGCGCGAUAGCCAGGCGUUGGCGCGGCGGGCGUAGCGCUUGAGCUGCUCGCUGGCGUAGCUGCCGGUGGAGCGGAGCUUGCAGCGGAGAGGGAUCUCGGCAAACAACUCGCGACGCAACGACUGAACACAACACACAAACAGACGGAUGGAUACACUGACAACGUCCCAAUCUCUCUCUGUGUGUGUGCAUACCUCGGACCUCAGAGCGAGAUCCGGGUCGCGCAGCAGAGGGUCACGUGACGACGGGGAGGCGCUGCCAUCGCUCUCCUGCGGCGUGGUGUUGGUGUUGGUGUUGGUGUGCGGCAUGGCGAGCUGCUCGAGCAGCCAGCGGUCCAUGGAGCCCUCGGGGGGAUGCUCCAAGUACAGCAGCUGGGCACACAACGCGCGGUAGGUCUCGCGCAGAUCCCUGAACUGAAUAAUGAGGGAGGCGUAGGAAUACGCAAAAGGGAUGCCAAUGCACCAUCUCGACACGUCUUACCAUCUCUGCCCUUCUGACUUCGAUGAGUGGCGUCGGUUCGAGCAGACUGUUGAGGUACGCCAGGAUGCGUUCGCAGCCCUCUGGGAUGGGCACAUCCACACUGAAGUUCCACAGCGGCACACCUGCAGCAAACAAAUAUCACACACAGAGCCGUCCCUCAGGAUGCAUCCAUCCAUUCAUUCAUCCAUUCAUCUGUAAGAUGUUCUCACCUCGCCGUGUGGCCGGUUGGUCAUCAUUGCUGACCUCUAUGUGGCCGAACUCAGCCCUAUCGUUAUCCCUCCAGCUCCCGCUGCCGCCCCCCCAUCCGCUGCCUCUGUGGUGACCGAAGCGACCUCUCGACAUCCCAGAACGAUCAACAAACCAUUGGAGCAACCCUAGAGGCGCUUUCUACCUGCAGUUGUGC